GGCUAGGGUUUCGCAGCCAUGGAAGCGCUUGGUCAAGAAGGAGGAGCAGCUGCGCAACAAGGAAGAGCAGCUGCGCAACAAGGAGGAGCAGCUGCGCGACAAGGAGGAGCAGCUGCGCAAGGAGAAGGAGCAGCUACUGAAGUCGAAGGAACCAGUCAGAGCGACUGUGGCAAAUAUAGAGAGUCUCUUGGAUAGGUUUUGGCAUGAGUUGCGCAAGCCAAACCUUGAAUAUCCCAAGGCGGAUGCGUUUCUGGCGGAUUUCCCAACGUGUAAAGUCCCACUGCCAAAAGAUCCUACAGAUGAAUGCCCCCGCCUCUUGUGGCAUGCACUAGACCAGCCUUUCGAAGCAUCCAAGCGUAUCCUGGAGGGAACCUCCAAAGCGCAGCCGACCCUCACCGUUCUCUUCAACGUGCGGGGAUCAGGGAAGACCAGGACAUUGUAUGAGAUCGCUGUAGCGCAGCGUGGGCUCUUCUUUGUGGGGAUCUCCGACACUGGUAUUGGAGCUGAAGGUUCAGGAGAUCUCAAGUUAGUGGCAUCAAAGUUGCUGGAGCUGUAUCCAACUGGAGAUAUUCCAGAAGUUAGUGCUGCAGUCUGUCUCAAAGCUUUGCUCAUUAGCAGGUUUUAUUUGCUGGGGCAGCUGGAGAAAACGGGCUAUUUGACAGGUCAAGCAUGGCUCUUCAAGCAGGUUGCAUUGCCUUCGCUCGAGUACUUGUACAACUUCAAAGAUCCGUUCAAGGCGCUCACUGGUAGACUUUUAGACCUUAUACGAACUAAAGACGAUUUGAAACCCAUUGAAGGUCAGUUCCAGGAGGUACUCGAUCGUUUAAUAGGGAGGGAUCGUUUAAUAGGGAAGUGGAAUAGUCCAAUCAUAUUUGACGAGUGCAAGAUGAUAAACCGCUGGUUGGAAAAGCGAUUUUCUUCGAUAACUCUUGGAAGUGGUACGAGAUCGUUCCUAGAUAUUCUCGUGCCGGCGCUGAUAAAUAGUGGAUUUCGACAAUUCUACUAUGCAGGCACCGGGGCUAGGAUGCUUACUGUGGCACGGGAUAUCUCUGCCACUCUGAAGGGGAAAGCUUCUGUUGUUGUCUUUCAUGGAUUUGGUGGAUUCAUCACUGUUGAGGACUUCAAGCUCUAUGCUGGCAAACUGCUCCAAAGUGUGGAUGGUAUUGAUAUGCAGAGGGUCUGUGAUUUGUACAAAGGGAGGUACAGGUUCUUUGUCACAGCACUUGAGCAUUUCAUUGGGAGCAAGCGCCCCUUGGAGCAGGCAACAGAAUUUCUGAUCGACUUUUUUGAGAAGAUAUGCACCUCAAGUACAAUCAGUCGUUCUCUGGGAGGUGUACCAAACACAUCAGGAUUGGAAGUCUACAUGGAUGAGACGGUUCUGAGGGAUGUGGAGCUGUUUUUUGAAAGCACUCGGAAUGCUGCAGCGCUCAAGGAGCUAGAGGUGAUAGUGUAUCACCAGAUGUUUGGGUCCAUAUCCACUAUACUCAACAUCAACAAUCCGUCUCUGAGCCUUGUGGAGUCCAGGUUAGCCUGGCUAAGCACGGAAAACAGUGUUGCGUUGGAGGACUUGGAUAAGUUCUUUGCAAAGCAGGAUAGAGACACUUGGAUCAAACUUCAGGAACCUGCUGUCUUGCGAGCUCUUUUUCAUUACUUUUGUAGUCGGCCAACAGGCUUCGGUGAGUUAUUUCAGCAGCAGUUUAAAGCCAAGGGCCAAGGCAGCGAUGCGACAGUGGGUCUUGAGUUUGAAAGGCUAGCUGAGGCAUUGGACGGAAAGGCUCCUGUAGACUUCGUUUCUCGCUUUCUUCGGAAUCGCAGUGUGGAACUGCGCAACAGCACUUUUGAAGUUCCCGCAAUAUAUUUUGAGAAGGCAAAGGUGGUGAAAGCACGGGUUGCAACGGAAGUUGUGACAAAGAUGUGCGGUAAAAGUCACACCCAUGGCGCUGACUGUUAUACACUUGAGAAGUAUCUCCACGACGUUGAAAGGCAGGCUGACGCAUUUCCAACGCUUCUCUGGACUGGUGAUGGUGGCUGGGGUGGCUUUCGUCCAGACGCGUUGUUUUUUCUCACCAAUGACUAUGGGUCCAAGCGGCGGCUCAUUCCUUGCUUAUUACAUAUGAAAUCCAAGACUGAUGCGGCUACUCAGGGUGGAGUUUCAAGUGCUCUCGAUUUGAUGAAAUGCAGGAAGAAAGAAGAUGGAGGUUUGAACAGGCUUAUAGAUCUUGCUUCAGAAAAUGGACUCCUGCAACUGGCAGUUUUGCCUCAUACGGAGGAGGAUCUGGAACAGUCUGGUUUCAACUAUUUUACCAGUCAACUCCCUAGUGAUGGGUGGUUUUCCCCACAGAAACGGCAAAAGGUUGAGGGGGCGAAACGGCAAGGAGUUGAGGGGGCGAUACAGCCAUUAUGUGGAGUGAUUGGUGGCAACAACGUGUCUUUGUAUCUCAAAGAGUGGUUGACUGAUUCGGUCUGGGUUCUUAAAGCAAAUGUAUAAAAAUCUGAGA